AUGACACAGCCUGCCCUGUCCCUUCACACUCCAUUACCUACACCUUUCACCUCUGCUGUGCCAUAUCAUAGGGGUUGGAGUGUCUUAUCUAAACCAGGUGCCAUGAACAUAGAAAAAGCCUUGGAAGAAGGGAAGUUGGUGGAGGUGGUCUCUGCAGUCAGAGAGACCCUGAAGACAGCUUCCAGUGCCCCAGUGAGCAUUGCAGUGACUGGGAACUCCGGCAAUGGCAUGUCCUCCUUCAUCAAUGCACUGUGGGGAAUUGGGCAUGGGGAAAAGGACUCAGCUCCCACAGGUGUGGUGAGAACCACCCAGAUUCCCAUUCACUACUCUUUCUCCCACAUUCCCAAUGUGGAGCUAUGGGACCUGCCUGGCACAAGUGCUACCACCCAAAGCCUGGAUACCUAUCUGGAGGAGAUACAGUUUAGCAAGUAUGACUUCUUCAUCGUCAUUGCAUCUGAACAAUUCAGCAUGAAUCUCAUGAAGCUUGCCAAAAUCAUCCAGGGACAGGGAAAGAGGUUCUACAUCGUCUGAACCAAGCUGGACAGAGACCUCAGUACACGUGUGGUCUCAAAGGAACAAUUCCUGCAGAAUAUCCAUGAGAAUAUUCAGGUAACUCUCCAGAAUGAAGGAGUGUGUGAACCCAUCAUAUUCCUGGUCUCAAGCUUUGAUCCCUUAUUGCAUGACUUCCCAGAGCUUAGGAAAAGCUUGCACAGAGACGUGUCUGAGAUCAGGUAACAUGCUCUCCUAGAAAACCUGUCUGACACCUGUGAGAAGGUCAUUAAUGACAAAGCAAUCACUUUGCAGAGGCAAAUAAGCUCAGAGUCUUUCCAGGAUACCUUUGGCAUCCAGAAUGCAGAUGAUCUUGGGGAUUUUUUGAACGCCUACUGCUCGCUCUUUGGUGUGGAUAAUGAAUCUCUCCAGAAGGUGGCCCAGAGUAUGGGAAAACCCAUGGAGGAGUACAAAACCAUUAUGAAGUCUCAGGAUCUGCACACUGUCCUCACAGAGGACUGGGUAUUAUUGUGGAUGAAUUAUAAUACAGCCUCUUACUUAUAUUCAAUUCUGAGCUACAUCCCAAUCUUAGGUAACACUAGUAUCCACUACCUUAGAGAGUGGAAUCAGGGGCACCUCCUUGACAUAGUUGCCGACGACACCAAGACCAUACUGAAGAAAAUUCUGAAAGGUGCCAUCAUCUGA